AUGCUCCCAUCCACAGCGCCCUACCAACUACUACUACGACCUAGUAGUAACCGUGCCGCAUUGCGCCGGCUCCAACUCCAACACAUCGGUCUUCUUCCCCGCAGCAGCACAACAACAACAAUCACAACAGGAACAACAGCAGCAGCAUCAUUAUCCCUCCGAAAAUACGCCACGACACAAGGCGCCGCCCCGAAACGACGAAACGUGACUGUUCUCUCCGACGAUGGACGCUACGAGUGGGGAGAGUUGAGCGGGCGGGAGAAAGUCGCGAGGGCGACGCAGCAGUCGGUGAAUUUCGUGGUGAUUAUUGCGGGGGCUGUGUUGACGGGCGGAGUCUUCUACCUUCUCUUCACGGAGGUCUUUUCCCCGAAUAGCAAGACAUGGCAGUUUGAGAAGGCGGUGGAGCGCAUCAAGGAUGAUGCCCGGUGUACAGAUCUUCUAGGUGAUCGGAGGGAGAUCAAGGCGUAUGGGGAGAAUACGUGGAGUAGGUGGGCGAGGAAUAGGCCUAUUGCGACGUCCGUUUAUCAGGAUAGAUUGGGUCGCGAGCAUUUGAAGAUGAACUUUCAUGUCGAGGGUCCGCUUAAUUCCGGAACUGUGUUUGUGCACAUGAUGAAGCCGUUGAAUGAGCAUCACUGGGAAUAUCAGCUUCUUGCUUUGGAAGUGCCGGGACAUUCCCGGGUGGUGCUUGAAGAGGCGCGCGAGAAGCCUGGUGUUGGACAGGCGCUGAAGAUCUUUGGUAUCAAGUGGCGGUAG